AUGGCUAGCCUUUUAUCUUGGAACGUGCAUGGAAUUGGAAACAAGCCAACUCCCAAAUUCCUUAAACGACUUAUCCGGUCCAGGAAAAUUGAUCUCUUAUUGUUACAAGAGCAAAUGAUUCGCUCAUCCAGGAGGAAAACAGUCACAACCACCUUGGGUUUUCAGCAAUCCAUCGAAGAGGCAUCAGUUGAAGGAAAAGUCUGGAUUCUUGCUAAUCCUCCUUUAUCAGUUCACACUGUAGCAGCGUCCAAGCAGAGUAUUAGCAUCCAUGUCACAACUACUAAGCACAACAUAUCUGUUCACAUUACUUCAAUCUAUGCAGCGUGUAAUUGGCACGAGAGACAAUCCCUCUGGGAAGAAAUCCAGGCAUUAUCCACCACAAUCUCUAGCCCUUGGCUUUUAUGUGGUGACUUCAACACCACCGCUAGUCCUGAAGAAAGAAUUGGGACAUCUCAUCCAAACUCUAGGAGCAUGGAAGAUUUCAGGACUGUUAUUUCCAAUGCAGGACUAUUGGAUGCAGGCUACAUUGGAUCCAAAUUUAUCUGGUGCAACAACAGAUCAGUGCUUAGUAGGCGCUGGGCUAGGGUAGACAGGAUGUUAUUCAACAUGGUUUUCUUAUUCCAAAAUAUGUGGACUCUUCAUGAGAACUUUCUCAAUAUAGUCCAAGCAUCAUGGGCGCACAAGGAGCAGGCCUCUCCCAUGUUCCAUCUGUUUCUUAAGAUGAAGAGGCUUAAGGCCACUCUCAAGGCAUGGAAUAUCACUGUUUUUGGAAACAUUUUCCAAUUUGUUAAGAAUGCUGAAGAUGAGGUGACCAAUGCUGAAUUCAAUCUCAUACAAUCCGGAACUGAUGAGGACAGAGAGAAAUUGAACCUGGCUGAAGCUCAGCUUAAGAGGGCCCUCCAAGAAGAAACUUAUUGGAAACAGAAGUCCAGAGUCACAUGGUUGGAUGUUAGAGACAGGAACACCAGUUUUUUUCACUCUUCAGUGGUCGACAAAAAAAGAAGAGCAUCCAUCUCCUCUACCCGCCUUCCCUCAGGUUCCUCUCUUCACUCAGAAUCAGACAUUGGAGCAGAAGCCAUUAGGAAAAUUGUUGGGGGCAACAUUAUAUUCAAGUUGGACAUGGAGAAGGCCUACGACAGGAUGGAAUGGGUUUUCAUUGGGAAGACAAGACAAGCUAAUCUAGAAACUUUUGCCGUCUGGAAAGUUCAACUCAAAAUCUGCUUAGAAUGCCAUCCGAGCCUUCGCCUCAAUCAACCAUGGACACCCUGGGCUUGGAAUAAAUUCCUUCCUCCAAAGAUUGGCAUUUUCAUGUCGAAAGUGAUGCAUGGAGCAGUCCCAGUUGAUUCUGCAGUUCAGAAAUUAGGCAUCAGCCUGGCGUCUAGAUGUGAAUAUUGCAAGCCCUCCCACCCAAGCAACCAGCAGUCACAAGCAGCCCUACUUCUUUCCUCACACGUCUAG